UUGAAGGACACUUGCAGCGGGGUCUGUUCGUUUUGGAAGAUUGAAAUCAUGGCAGGUCCAGAAACUGAUGCCCAGUUCCAAUUCACUGGUAUCAAAAAAUAUUUCAACUCUUACACUCUCACAGGGAGAAUGAAUUGUGUACUGGCCACAUAUGGAGGUAUUGCUUUGAUAGUUUUAUACUUUAAGUUAAGGUCUAAAAAAACUCCAGCUGUGAAAGCAACAUAAAUGGAUUCUCAACUGUACCUCAUCUGUUAAGUUCCCAUGCCUGAAGAAGCUAAUGUCAACUCAUCAUGUGAUACCCAAUUUGUACAAUAAAUUAUGAACCUGGAAAAA